GAAGGUGGUGCUUAGGAGCAGUUGGGGUGGAGUUUUUGUGUGAGAGAGGUUUUUUUUUUUAAUCGUGCUGCUUAAGAGACUUUACAACGUGCAUCUCCUGAGUUCUUAGUCUGACUGACUGCACAUUCUUUCCAGUGCCUGGAAAUUUUUGUUCCUGAAUUGACUUGUUUUCCUUAAAGAUUUGGCAGAACAGUGCUGAUCAGAGGGUCCUUCCUUGUAUUGGUUUAUCAUUUCCAUCUCUUCAUCUUUUUGGAGUUGUUUUUGUGAAAAGGAAUCAAGGAGUGAGACAGACCAACUGCUUGCUGAGGAGUCUUCAUAUUAUAUAUAUAAAGGGCCAUCUAUAAAAAGAGGUUUCUUUGCUUACCUCUUAUUUUCUGGAAAAUCUGGUGGAUUUGAAUAUAAAAAUGAAUGGUACAUUGUUUAAUCAGACAUUAGUAGAAGAAGGUGUGUAUUCCAACCGAUCCCAAGAUCUGGGCAGCACUUUGAUUGGCUGCUGCAAUGGGACAGGAACAGUGGUGGCCAGCGAUGGGGGAGCCUCAGUCCUGAUCCCUGAUGAAAGGAACCUUUUCAUCACCCGGGUGGUCCAGAUUGCAGUUCUUUGCAUCCUAUCCUUGACUGUGGUCUUUGGGGUCUUCUUUCUGGGCUGCAAUCUGCUCAUUAAAUCAGAGAGCAUGAUCAACUUUUUGGUCAAAGAUCGGCGGCCGUCAAAAGACGUUGGUAUUUCAAUCAUGGGACUGUAUUAAGAAAAUAACUUGGAGCAUUUCUCAAUAUGUGACUGGCAUGUGGAGUGUUGUUGCAAGUAUGGAAUUCCAUUGCAGAGUUUGGAAGAAGAAGAAGAGACUGGUAGCAUCAUGCUGCUGGAUGGAGUAACAUUAAAAGGGAAGAAAUGAGAAGGGGGGAAAAAGAGAAGAACGAAAGAAAAAGAAGGAAAGAAGAAACUAAAAGAAGGGAGGGAGGGAGUGAAAGGGAAAGAUUUAGCGUAUGUAUGUGUGCAUCAUAAGUGGUAAAGUCCUUGUGUUUAAAACAAAAAGAGAGAGAGAGAGAGAAAUCUGUGUAUCAAGUUCUGUGCAAAGUUAAAUUUCUGUCUAAUGCUGCAUGUAGAAAUGUGAUAUGUUUUGCAUGAACAGUCUAUGUGCGAGGAAAAGAAAAAAGUGAAGAUGUACUAGUCUUUUUAUUCUGUUUCCCUUGGAUACCGGUGACUGGACACACAAAGCUUUUGUUACAUGAGACAGGUGUUCACAUUCAGAUGCCUAACCCAAACUCCUGUGAUUCUGUGCAGAGGAAAGAUGCCUGUUAAGUAUCUUAAAGUGAUUGUGAUACAUACUAAUAUGAUGCAAAAAUUUGAGGUCUUUGUAUAUUUCUUUGUACAUGUGUAUGGAAUGCAGGGUGGGAAAGUUCUGUAAAUUGGCAGAGCUCAUGGAUGAAAUUUUGUGCCACAAAUGAGGGGUCUUAGUUUCAGUGUGUGAGUGUGUGCAUGUGCCUGCAUAUGUGCUUACACCUAAUCUCAAAUGGAGAUGUUUUCAGACAAAGUUUUUAUUGUGCUUGUCUUAUUCUUGGGAUUGUUCCUGAAGGGUAGGUGCCCAGUUAUGCUUGUCUUCCAUUUAGAACCUUUCCAUAUUUUUCCCAUUUUGUCCAUCUUUUUUGCUUACCACACAAACAAAAAUUCAUUAAAGAGGGGAUAGCUACACAAUGCUUUUUGAUUCAUAAUGCUAAGAGCCCUCUAUCUGGAAUUAUUUGAAGUAUUUUUGUAAUAAAAUGUACACAGAGAUUCCCCCCCCCCCAAUACAGUGUAAUAAUACGUUAAUUCUUUGGAAAUGUUGUUAUAAAUAAUGGCAAAGGGGAUAGCAAGGUGGGAGUUCCUCUAUUUUUGAAUCUCUACCCUACAAGUCGAGUAAUACGUUACUCUUGUUCAGAUGUUUUAAGAAUGGUUAAAUCAGAAGUUGUUCCUGUUUUUAAAAAUGCUAUGCUAAAAUUUAAGCAACAGCAAGUAAGUGGAAGGCUGCUCUGUCAAAUUGCAAAGACCUAGGGAUUCACAGAAGAACCUGCAAAGGUAUCUCUGAAAGGGAUUAGUCUGCUUUACUGCCUGCAAAUUGAUAUUCGUUUUACCUUCUAACCUUAUAAGAUGUAAAAAUCCAGAAUCCAAUCUGAAGAAAAAUUAACAGAGGAAGGGUCUUGGCCUCUCUUUGCUCAGUAAAAUUAUCUCCAUUAAUAUGGGCACAGAAAAUAAACUACUCAGUUCCUGUUUCUUUUACUGUAUAUUCUUUUUCAUUAAUGUGAUGGCAGCUAAAAAGGGGGAGAAUAUUGAAACCAUAGUCUUCCUCAACAUGAUACCCUCUAGAUGUUUGAGAUUAAAGCUUCUACCAGCCCCAGCUACCACAACCUGUGACCAGAGAUGAUGGCAGGAUGUAGUAGGGGUCGGGGUUCCCUAAACAGCUAUAAUACAGUAGAAAUUAACAUUGAUCUGUAUAUAUAAAUUUGUAAAUUUGCAAAUUGUAUGAAAUUAUGCAAAUAUUUGAUUUGUUUCACCAUUUGUUUUGUAUCCUUGUAGAACUCCUAGACAUGGGGAAAAUACUAAAAUUUUAUUCUACUUUAAGAAUUGUUAACUUAGAAGUUGUUCCUAUUUUUAAAAAAAAUGCUAUGCUGAAAUUUAAGCAUCAGCAAGCAAGUGGAAAGUUACUCUGCCAACUACAGAGCACAGUCCCUAUAUAGGGAGAAAGGCGGGAUAUAAGAAAAUAAUAAUAAUAAUAAUAAUAAUAAUAAUAAUAAUAAUAAUAGCCUGUUAGUAAUGUCCAUUUUGUCCUCAUGACAUCCCAUGAGGUAGGGCAGGCUGAGACAUAAACAGCACCUUGUUUGCCCAAGAUUACCAAUAGCUCAUUUUCAUGUGGUUUUGCCAUGUUGCUAGCAGUUAUUGCUUGUCCUAUGUAUGUGAUUGCAACUUUAGACUGGAAUUCUCACCCAGGCCCUCCUCAGUGGAAAUCCAACAUUCGGUUGCUGCAGCUAUUUAAAAGAAAACAUUAUAAUUUUCCAGUUUAAAAACUCUUCUCAAACACUGUCAAUCUAUACCUCCCUUAACCCAUUUGGUCAUCGCAUUUCUAAAGAGAAAGAUCAGCGUUUGUAAAAACUAUUUUGGGAGACUAUAAAGUCCCAGAGUCACUCAGCCACUGGCCAUGUUGGCGAGGGAUUCAGGGAGCUGUAGUCCAGAAAAGGGACUUUACCAAGUACUGCUAUCACCAUGCACCAUGUGCUGUUAGGUGCUUAAUAAGCCCAGCUUUUUCCUUCUCCAGGCAUGCAACAAAAAGAGGUGGAACAACCUAUGUUGUAGACUUUGUUCAGUGUAGCAGCUCGCAAGAAGUCUAACCCUGAGUUAGAAAUCUGGAAGUGAGAAUCCCAGUCUGAAGUUGCAAUCGUAUACAUACUUAACAAGGAAUAACUGCUGCACCUUGCAAAACCACAUGAAAAUGAGCCAUUGAGAAGAUGAGUGGUCUUACCAUUAGGAUGAGUUGAGUCAGCAAGCAUAAAAGACAGUGGCCUUUUCCAUAAGUGCCCCACAUCUAUAGAACUCUCUACUGAAGGAAAUAAAGUUAGCUCCCUCCUUGUUAGUUUCAAAGGGGUUAGAUCUUAAGACUAUUUUUUUAAAAAAAAUUGUUUCAAUCCACUUUUUACUGUAAUGAAUGAGCUGAACUUUUAAACUGUCAUUGUUCUCUCUGCUCUUAAAUUGUAAUAUGAUUUUUACUGUUCUGACUGGGCAAUUGUUUUAUGCUGUGGCUUUAAGAUGUUUGUAGAUAUUGUUUUUAAAUUGCGUCACGUUUACUAUAAGCUGUCUUGAGAAAAUUCCUGUUUUGAAUAUCAGCGUAUCAGUUCCUAAAUAAAAUAAGUAAAUUGAA